AUGUCUGGCGCCCAAAAAGAACUACUAGAAGAACCAUAUCACUUGAAUAAAAAUAAAAUCGACAAUGUCGUGUCCUUCGCAGGGAUAGACUCCGAUUUGGCUGACAUCCCUCAAUACUCCAAAGAAACAAAAGACCUCAAGAUCAAGGAAUUGGCAUCAAUCUAUAAUGUAGAUGAGAAGAAAUUGUUGAGAAAAAUCGACCUAUGUGUUAUUCCCCCAUUCUGCUUGCUUUACUUCUUGGCCUACUUCAACAGAUCGAGCUUUGGGUUCAUUCAGAUGGCUGGCAUCGAAGAAGACUUGCAUAUGUCUAACUUGAGUCUCUAUGCCAGUUACUCUGCCUUUUUUGCUCCUUACAUAUUUUUCCAAUUCUUUGCUAAUAUCUUGAUGAAGAGUGUUAGACCUCAUUUUUGGAUUUCUAUUUCCGUAUUGCUUUAUGGUGUUGACACUUUAGCUUCUGCGUUUUCCAAAAACUAUGCUGCCUAUACUGGUCUUCAUUUCCUCCACGGAAUCGUUCAAGCUGGCUCAGAAACAGCUAUUUUCUAUAUUUUAGCUCAUUACUAUACCACAAAGGAGUCUCAAAAAAGAUUUAGUGCAAUUUACUCUGUCAGUUGUCUUGCUGGCAUCUGCUCCAAUCUUAUUGCUUAUGGUGUCAAUAAGAAUUUGAACGGUGAUAAUGGAUGGAUGAAUUGGAAAUGGGCUUUGAUCGUUUAUGGAUCAUUGACUAUGUUCAGUGCUGUUGUUCUAUUCUUUAUUCUUCCAGAUUUCCCAGAGGGGGCCAGAUUUUUCGAUGACGACGAAACCUUCUUUUUGAUCAAGAAGUUAGAAAUUUAUAACGGGAAAUCUGGGUAUGGAUUGGAUUUCCAAGUUAAAGAUGUUACCUCAAGUUUGCUGGACCCAUUGAUUUGGUUGCCUGCUAUUUCAUCCCUUGGUAUUUCGUACGCCACUUACGUUUAUGCUUUCCAUGAACCACAGAUCAUGUCUGCUGUUGACUUUAACGGUACCAAAAAUAUCUCUUACGGUUCUUAUCCUUGGGUUGUGGCUUUCAUUUGGUGCAACUUGUCAGCACACAUUUCUGAUUUUAUUGGUAAAAAAUAUCCUGUCAUUCUUGGUAAUUUAUUGAUUGCUAUGGUUGGAUCUAUCCUUAUUUUUGCUCCAAGUGAUUCUGAAAGCGCCACCAGAUACGCCGGUUGCUUCUUGGUGGCACUUGGUGGUUACGCUGCAUUGCCAAUGAUUUUAUGUUGGAGCACUUUGAAUGUUGGUGGUCAUGUCCGUAAAAGUAUGGUUACUUCUUUGCAAAUCAGUUUUGGUUCUAUCGGUGGUCUCAUUGCCUUAUUCACCUUUUACAACCAAGAGAGCAAGGCUAGAGUUCCAUUUUAUGUUUCCUUGGGCUUCCAAGCUCUUACGGCGGCUCUGGCUACCGCCUACUUGGUCACUUGUACUAGACAAAACCAAAUAAAAAGAACAAGCCAAUAUAAAGAAAAGUACGAAGAUUUCACGGAAAGAGAUGCCAUAAUUCUUGGUGACAAGCACCCCAACUUCGAUUAUUUGACUUGA